GUGGCCCCCGCGGCUGCAGCCCAGCAGCUCCGACUCGCCAGCCGCAGCCUGGGCUGCGCAGCGCGGGAGGGCGUCGCGGUGUCAGGGGGACUGAGUCGGAACUUGCAGGGGCCCGCGGCUCUGCUGGCCUGGAGAGUGUGAACAGUCACUUAUGAAUUCCUGAACCUCUUUCAUUUAAGGAUUGUGGACUCUUCCAACAUUUACAGUGAUAUGGUGAACCCAAAAACUGGAACUCAAAAGAUUUGCUCAGCUCUUUAGUUGAACAAAAGUCAGUUGUCCAGCAACACCCAUCAUGGCUAAAAGUGCAGAGGUCAAACUGGCACUAUUUGGGAGAGCAGGAGUGGGCAAGUCAGCUCUUGUAGUGAGAUUUCUGACCAAACGCUUCAUCUGGGAAUACGACCCCACCCUCGAAUCAACCUACCGACACCAAGCAACCAUUGAUGAUGAAGUGGUUUCCAUGGAGAUCCUAGAUACUGCUGGUCAGGAAGAUGUCGUUCAGAGGGAAGGACACAUGAGAUGGGGGGAAGGCUUUGUGCUGGUCUAUGACAUUACUGACCGAGGAAGCUUUGAAGAAGUACUGCCACUCAAAAACAUCCUCGAUGAGGUCAAAAAGCCCAAGAAUGUGACUCUCAUCUUGGUUGGUAACAAAGCUGACUUGGACCACUCCAGGCAGGUCAGUACAGAAGAAGGGGAGAAGCUGGCCACGGAAUUGGCAUGUGCUUUCUAUGAGUGCUCUGCUUGCACCGGAGAAGGGAAUAUAACCGAGAUAUUCUACGAGUUGUGUCGGGAGGUGCGUCGCCGGAGGAUGGUGCAGGGCAAGACGAGGAGACGCAGCUCCACCACGCACGUCAAGCAAGCCAUCAACAAGAUGCUCACCAAAAUUAGUAGUUAGGCUGCUGUGUGCUUGCCUCAGCCCUGCUUAGGUGGGCCAGGUCAGUGGAAACCCUCUUUUGCCCUUUUCUUUCCUUUGCUUUCCUUUCCUUUCCAAAAACAAAACAAAAAUAUCCCAUUCCUUGUUUUGACACUGGGGAAUGCCUGGGCUUCAUAUCACACCUUGCCUUCCAUAGAGCGUUUUAUGCAACUUCAAUGCUGACAAUUUCUCCCUUUCCUGUUUGAUAUGGUACACUCUAAUGUAGUUCGAACAUGUAACCACCACAAAUUCUGAAAUGGGUGGAUUCAUACUAAGCUAUUUUUAGGCAUCUUCACCUGCUUAAAUAGGUUGAAGUCUUUUCACAAGCAUUUUUAAACUCCAUUUCCUGUCAGACUACAGAUGAUCAUCUUAAAAAUCUAAGAUGGCAGACAAACACAGAAAGGGUAGCUGAGCGAUUGAAACAGGAAACAGAGCUCUAGUUUCUAUUUAAAGAUAAGAUUUUCUGAAUUCUCUUAAGUCAUUUAGUUUUGCUUUAACUAUUUUGCUCUUAGGUUUUAAUAUGUCAUCGCUAAGAUUUUCCACUAUUAAUAGAGAGUCCAUUUAACUUGAGUUGAUUCUCUCAAUGAUAACAACUCCAUAUUCUCCUUCCUUGCCUCAAUCAAGGCACUAAUUAUAAUAGAGGCAUGAAGACCCACAACUCAGGUCCUUCUAUGCCUUUGCUCACCAAGCCCAGAGUGAUGUAAAAACAUUAGAAAUCUUUUCAUCAAGCUCUGACUUUAUUGAAUGCAGGUAAAAGAUUUAGAAUUAGGGAUGUCUGAAUCGUUACUCACUCUGUUGAUAAUCUUAGCAGAAAGGCAUGUGGGGAAAAAAAGUUAACAACUAUACAUCUGUUGGGAAGCCAAAGUUCUUUGCCAGGCAUAGUCAGAAAAAUUAGCCUCUGAUUCCUUCAAUUGGCCAUAUGAAUUCCUUUAAUAUUUUGGAUAAAUUACUUCACUUAAGAGAAUUCAGAAAACAAUGGAUGAUUAAAGAUUAUUGUACCUGAAUAUAUAUAUUUGAAACAGAUUCUUGUAUUGUAGAAGUAUGGGAUACAACUGAUAAAACUUUGCAAUUCCUUUCUCCCUAUUAUGCCCCCACAUAUCAAGAUUUGGGCACUUUAUUUUAGAAUAAAAUAUAUAUCUUUUACAUAUGUAUGUAUUUAUAAGUGCAUAGGUAUAUGUAUAAAAUUUGUAAGUGUGGAAGCUUUAAUUCACCAAUGUAUUUGGACAACUUGGUGUA